AUGGAUUAUAAGAAUUCCGCCGUGGACUGGGCGAAUUUUUUGCGCGAUCAUUGUCGUAAAUUCGUCCAUGACUUGUAUUACGAGUUGGGGGAAAAGCUUCGAGGAGAAGUCGAGAUUGAUGAGAGUCUAUUUGGGAGGAGGACCAAGUACCACAGGGGAGAUCCUCGCAAUGGUCGAAAGAUCUACCAACAGGAUUGUACUCUACCCGUUGAGAGAAGAGAUGAAAACACUCUGCUUCCAUUAAUCGAAAGGCAUGUGGAAAAGGGGUCGACGAUCUAUUCGGAUGGAUGGCGUGCCUAUUACAGGCUGAAUGAGAUAGGAUAUCGCCAUUUCACUGUUGAGCACUCCGACACAUUUGUGCAGAAAUAUCGAGAUACGACAACGGGAGAGGCAACCACUGUUCACACCAACACAAUUGAAGGUGCCUGGAAGAGUGGAAAAGAUCACUUCAGGAGAAUGAAUGGCUGCAAAGCAUCGACAUUCGAGUCACAUCUCUGUGAAGUAAUAUGGAGAAAUAGGAAUGCGGCAAGCAAACGCCCGCUGAUCCCUGCGUUCAUGGAUUUGAUAAGGGAUCAUUAUCAUCUCAGAGGAAAGCCCAAUCUAUGCAUGAAAGUUCCUCUCUUCGACACAUGGCACGCAGACAAGAAAGACAAGCUAAUGAGAGAGGAAUUAACAGGCGACACCCCUGUCAGGAUAGAUUCUCCUCCAAGAGCAUCGCCCCCGUUGUCUCCCAGAGACGUCCCCGGACCGUCAGGCAUCCAUCCACAAGCCGCAUCAUCCGUGCCUUCGUCACCCUCGAUUCCCACCGUCAAGCGCGUCCUCUCGCCGAGUUCUAGCAUCGCCAGUCCAUUCCGUGCAACAUCGCCAUCUUACGGCCGAAGCAAGAAAGGCAAGGGGAAGAAGAAGCGUAAGAGUGACACGGUUACUGGCACACUGCAUCAUCCUCCCGGCUUUGUACCGAUUGACAAGAAAGGGAAAGCAAAACUUCAGAAGGACAAGAGUGUCAAUGUGUAUGAUAGGCAAAACUUCGUCGCAGAUUGGGGAUCAGACGACGAUGAUUUCCAGUAAAUGAGUUCCAGAAAACAAAAAAACAGUGUUCGUGUUUUUAACAGUUAAAUGGAGUUUUAAUUCAGACUGGUUUUUACAACUUUCUAGUUACAGGCCUAAUUUUGUGGCAAUUGGAGUUUGGAAACUUUGUAUUAAUGACUUUGAAGAAAUGAAUUGUUGGAUUUUACUACUCUCAUGAUCAUAUGGAUAUAAAUUUGGAUCUAAUUCACAUUUCGGUAAGACCAUAGUUAUAGUUACUGUCAAUGAUGUAAAUUAUUUUUGAAGAAGAUGUGUACUAAUGCUUGGUUAUAUUAGCUUGUGAAAGGGACUUGUGCAUUUUAAAACAUUUUAUUCAUGAAAAGUGUCAUUUUAGAUUUAAGUCCAUCUUUUCUGAUCUAUAUCACAUUUCAAUUUAUUUAGUAAAAUAAUCAACCAUUGAGACAUAUCGGCAAAGGGCCUAUCACUAUAUAUUUGAAUUAAUCAAUUUUGUAAAACUUUUAUUUUCCAGGAUCUCUUUUGGCAACACCCUGGUUAAUGACAUGCUCUACAUUCUUCCCCUCAACUUGAUAUGACAGCAACAAAUUUUCAGAAAAGCUAAUCAUCCGGAAUAGCCUAUUUCCUGAUAUCCUCCGCCGGUUUGCCUGCAGGAACCUUGCUGACUUCGGCCGACAGCGAACAACGUGAUCCCCUAACCGCCAAAACCUUCUCCGAACU